AGACAUGCGCUUUGAUAGGUCACGUAAACGACAUGUACAGCCCUGAAGUGGAUUGGCUGCUCGGCACGGAGAGCGAGCAGCGCCGCGAAGGCAUGAAGAGCGCUAUCCUCCGAGGCGAGGAGCACUUUGCAUCCUCUCCAGUGUCUAAGCCCGGUGCACGUGCACGUGCGCGUGGCGCGCUGACGGGGGAUCGCACGGCGGUGUUCUUUGACGAUAACACCUCUCGCCUUACCUCCGCCGUACAAGGCGCUGAUGGCGGCACUGCCGCUGUGCUCGUGCUGAACGGACUGCCCCGACGAGGUCCGCACGAGCCCGCGGAGGUGUUUUCGUCGAUGCCUGCUCGUUACCUAUAG